AUGGCGGCGUUAGUGCAGAAAAUCGACAUCCGAGAGAUCCGAGAGCUGCGGUUGGGGAAGGGCUCCCGUGAUUUUGAGCGCUACCCGGAGGAGGCGCGUAAACUGGACUCCGCCCACUGCUUCAUUGUGCUCUAUGGGCUGGAGUUUCGCCUGAAGUCGCUCAGUGUCGCUGCCUUCAGCGAGGAGGAGGUCAACAUGUGGGUCACCGGUCUGAACUGGCUGAUGGUCGACACUCAGAGAUCAGCAGCCCCGCAGCAAAUAGAAAGGUGGUUGAGGAAACAAUUUGAGUUCUUGGAUCGGAACCAUGAGGGCAGUAUCACAUUGAAGGACGUGAAAGCUCUGCUGCCUCAGAUCAACUACCGAGUGCCCAACAUGAGGUUUCUCAAAGACAAGCUCCAGGAGGUGGAGACCCGGAGUGAGCUCUCGUACCCCAACUUUGCACAGCUCUACAGAACACUGAUGUUCGAUGCACAGCGCAGCAUCAUCGAACAGUUGGAGCUCUCCUUCCCUCUUCGGAAUGUUGACCGACCGGAGCUUUGUCAGAUCUCUCUCUACGACUUCCAGAAAUUUUUACAGAUCGACCAGAAGGAGUCAUGGGCGUCAGAUUUGGGUCGGGUCCGAGACUUCCUCGUUGGUUACAUGAAGGGUGGAGCUCAGCCCGAGCCGAUGCUGCAGCUGGAUGAGUUCCUGACGUUUCUAUUCUCGAAAGAGAAUUCAAUGUGUGAUCCUCGACUUUCGCCUGUUGUUCCUGAUGACAUGAAGAGGCCACUGUCUCAGUACUGGAUCUCAUCAUCACACAACACUUAUCUGACUGGUGACCAGUUUUCCAGUGAAUCAUCUCUAGAAGCCUACGCUCGCUGCCUAAGGUUGGGCUGCCGCUGCAUUGAACUUGACUGUUGGGAUGGACCUGAUGACCUGCCAAUCAUCUACCAUGGCCACACUUUAACCUCUAAGAUCAAAUUCCUGGAUGUGCUGCACACUAUCAAAGAACACGCUUUUCUCACAUCAGAGUAUCCUGUGAUCUUGUCCAUUGAGGACCACUGCAGUGUGGUCCAACAGAGGAACAUGGCCACACAUUUUAAGAAAGUGUUUGGAGAUUUGCUGCUGACGAAGCCAGUCGAUAACAAUGCCGAGGACCUUCCAUCACCAUACCAGCUCCGCAGGAAGAUCCUCAUUAAGCACAAGAAGUUGGUGGAAGGAACGCUUUAUGAAGAGGUGAUCUCAGCCAGCUACUCUGAAAAUGACAUCAGCAACUCGCUGAAGAAUGGCAUCCUGUACCUGGAAGACCCCAUCGAUCACACGUGGACUCCUCACUAUUUUGUUCUGACCAGUAAUAAGAUUUACUACUCGGAGGAAACCUCUCACUACCAGACAGCGGACGAAGAGGAGGACGAAGAAGGCAAAGAGGAGUGUAACAACAACGAGCAGCACUGUGCGGAGCGCUGGUUUCAUGGGAAGCUGGGCGGAGGACGUGAUGGGCGACAGGUGGCUGAGAAGCUCCUACAGGAGUACUGCGAGGGCGGAGCUAAAGACGGCACCUUCCUGGUCCGGGAGAGUGAGACGUUUGUCGGAGACUACACUCUGUCCUUCUGGCGGUCUGGGCGUGUCCAGCAUUGCAGGAUCCAUUCACGUCAAGAGUCUGGAUCCACUCGUUUCUACCUGACCGAUAACUUGGUAUUUGAUAGCCUCUAUCGACUCAUCUGUCACUACAGAGACACGCCGCUGCGCUGUAAUGAGUUUGAGAUGAGGCUCGGCAAUCCUGUGCCUCAGCCCAACGCCCAUGAGAGCAGAGAGUGGUACCAUUCCAAUCUGUCCCGUGUUCAAGCUGAACACAUGCUGAUGCGUGUACCCAGAGACGGUGCUUUCCUGGUGCGAAAACGCAGUGAGCAGAACUCCUAUGCCAUCUCCUUCAGAGCGGAAGGAAAGAUCAAACACUGCCGUAUCCAGCAGGAGGGGCGUCUCUUCAUGCUCGGGAGCUCGGCAGAGUUUGAGAGUCUGGUUGACUUGGUGAACUACUAUGAGAAACACCCUCUGUACCGCAAGAUGAAGCUACGUUACCCCAUCAAUGAGGACACUCUGGACCGCAUGGGAACCAUGGAGUUGGACUACGGGGCUCUGUAUGAAGUGCGAACUCCUCAUUUCUAUGUGGAGGCCAAUAAGAUGCCCACAGCACGGUGCGUGGUCAAAGCUCUGUACGACUACCGUGCCCAGAGGGAGGAUGAGUUGUGUUUCCCCAAACAGGCGCUCAUCCUCAAUGUGGACAAACAGGAGGGUGGCUGGUGGCGUGGGGAUUAUGGUGGAAAGAAACAGUUGUGGUUUCCUGCAAACUAUGUGGAGGAGGUGCCCAGCUCUCCCACCAGAGAACUGGAUGAAGCAUCUACAGAGAACAGUCCUCUGGGAACAUUCCUCAGGGGCUUCAUCGACGUACCCACUUGUCAUGUUGUGGUGCAUAAGGACGGGAAGAAUUCCCGGCCCUUCGUAAUGACAAUCCACUCCCAGCACCUGUCCUCCCACCCAGUCCAGUCCCUGGACGUGUCAGCUGACACCCUGGAGGACCUGACCACCUGGGUCAACAAGAUCCGAGAGGCUGCACAAAACGCAGAUGCACGGAUGCAGGAGGAGAAGCAGAUGGAGAGGAGGAAGAAGAUUGCUGUGGAGCUGUCAGAUCUGGUGGUUUACUGUCGACCCGUCCCUUUCAACGAGGACAAGAUCGGAACAGAGAGGGCGUGUUACCGUGAUAUGUCCUCCUUCCCAGAGACCAAGGCAGAGAAAUUUGCCACUCGUAGCCGAGGGAAGCGUUUCCUCCAGUACAACCGCCGUCAGCUUUCACGGGUUUAUCCUCGAGGACAGAGGCUGGAUUCCUCAAACUACGACCCACUAACCAUGUGGCUCUGUGGCUGCCAGCUGGUCGCACUCAACUUCCAGACCCCCGAUAAACCGAUGCAGCUGAACCAGGCCGUGUUCAUGCUCGGAGGAGGGAGCGGUUACGUUCCGCAGCCUGACGUCAUGAGGGACGACACCUUUGACCCUUUCGACAAAGACACUUUACAUGUGGAGCCAAUCACCAUCCAGCUACAGGUGCUGGGAGCUCGACAUCUGCCGAAAAACGGCCGCAGCAUCGUUUGUCCGUUUGUGGAGGUGGAGAUCUGUGGGGCCGAUUACGACAGCUGCAAGUACAAGACAGACGUUGUUGCUGAUAACGGUCUGAAUCCUGUGUGGGUGCAGAAGCAGUUUGUCUUUGACAUCCGCAAUCCCACUUUCUCCUUCCUGCGCCUCACCGUCUAUGAGGAGGACAUGUUCAGUGACCCAAACUUUUUGGCGCAGGCCACCUACCCCGUCUGUUUGCUCCGAACAGGUUACAGAAGCGUUCCCCUGAAAAACAGUUACAGUGAAGAGCUGGAGUUGGCGUCACUGCUGGUUCACAUCGAGAUCGUCAACGCAAAGGAGGAAGACGACGAAAACUUGUACAUGUCCAUCCAGCGGCUGCGGGAUCGAACCAGUGAGCUGUCCAAUCAGGUGUCAAUCCUGGAAAGGUCUGGAACAGCUGACACCAGCUACCAGCAGAGCCUGGAAGAGCUGCGGGCGGCUCAGGACCAACUCAGUGAGCUGGUUGAGGCUCGGAACCGCAGGCUCACUGAAAAGAAGAGGAGGGAGAAGCUCAGGCAGCAGGUAGCAGCAAAGCGCAGCUAGUCCUCCUGGCCACCAGAGAGCACCCCACCCAGCUCAUCACUAAGAGUGCCUGACUCCGCCUGCCGCCAUGCCGCGCAGUGGCAGCCUGAGGUGACACCGGUAUCUCGACAGCAGCGCAAAGCAAUCGCUUUUUAACUGGAAAAGAUGCAGCGUGCGCCUUCAUGAUAAAGUGAGAUUUU